AUGCUGUCGUCUGUUCGUAGAUCGAAUCAUCAAAAACAUAUAGUAGGAAUCCACUACGUUUUGGGAAACAAGAUAGGCGAGGGAUCCUUUGGUGUAAUCUUUGAAGGUGAAAACAUCCUGAAUGAAAACCAUAAGGAGCCAGUUGCUAUAAAAUUCGAGCCACGUAACUCUGAGACACCGCAGCUGAGAGACGAAUUCAGGGCGUACCGGAUUCUGAAUGGGUGUUUGGGGAUCCCACACGCAUACUACUACGGCCAGGAGGGGAUGCACAAUGUUCUGGUCAUUGACUUGUUAGGACCCUCAUUAGAAGAUCUAUUUGAAUGGUGUGGACGCAAGUUCUCAGUGAAGACCACAUGUUUGAUUGCGAAGCAGAUGAUCCAGAGAAUCAGAGAGAUCCACAAACAUGAUUUGAUCUAUAGAGACAUUAAGCCUGAUAAUUUCUUGAUAUCGCAGUACCAAUUGGUCAGCAAGGAGAACAAGUGCAUUACCAAGAAUGCGCACGACGAUCCCAACCUGAUCUACAUGGUUGAUUUUGGUAUGGCGAAACAGUAUAGAGACCCGAGAACAAAACAUCAUAUACCAUAUAGAGAGAAGAAAUCGUUGAGUGGUACAGCCCGAUACAUGUCGAUAAACACGCAUUUUGGCAAAGAACAAUCGCGUAGAGACGAUUUAGAGUCGAUUGGCCAUGUACUUUUCUAUUUCUUAAGAGGUUCGUUGCCCUGGCAAGGGUUGAAAGCGCCGAACAGCAAAUUGAAGUACGAAAAGAUCGGUCAUACCAAACAGAAGAUUCCACCGAAUGAGUUGUUGAUGAACGAUUUGAUACCAAGACAGUUUGCUAUGUUUUUGUCGUAUUCCAGAGGAUUGAAAUUCAAUGAAGAGCCGGAUUAUGAGUAUUUGAUUGGUUUAAUUGAUGAGGUCAUGGUUGAGAAUAAAAUAGUUGAUGAUGGCCAUUAUGAUUGGAUGGAGUUGAAUGAUGGAAAGGGGUGGGAUAUUAGAGUCAAUAAAAGAACAAAUCUACAUGGAUAUGGAAACCCAACGCCCAGAAACACAAAUACAAACAAGGCAAGAUUCAAUAUGGAUAGUAGGAAAGGAUCGAACUCACCAUAUGACAGAACUGUGAUAAAUAAGAGCACAAACAUGUAUAAAAACAAUAAUUGUACUUCUACGCCCACACCAACGGAUUCAAACAUAAUUAGUUCCAGCAAUAACUAUAAUCAUAGUCAUAACCAUAGUCAUAAUCUUAACCCUAAUCCUAAUAUUGAUAGCUUGUAUAAUAAUAAAUACAAAUCAGCUUCAUAUAUUCAAGAUACACCAAGUAAGAUGAUAAGCAACAACAACAACAACAACAACAACAACAAUAAUAAUAAUAAUAAUAAUAAUAAUAAUAAUAGUGGAACUAGUAGAAAUAGUAAGAAUAGUAAACAACAACAAAGAAUAAUAACCAAUUCUUCUAAUAGAAAUUAUAAUUCGAUUGAAUCCCCAAAUGAUAUUUUAUUCAAGAAAGGCAACAACUACAGAAGUAAUCAUCCACUAAAUAAUCAAAGAUAUGAUAGUGAUAAUUACUAUGUAACAAAUGAUGAUAGCGAUAGUAAUAAUGAUAAUAAUAAUAAUAACAAUGACGACGACUUUACAAGGAUAAAUGAAAAUAGAAGACAUUGUUGUAAUUUACUGUUAUGUUGUUUUGGAAAUUAG